AUGAAGGACGCUAUAGUUGUUCUUGGUGGUGCUUUCAAUCCCGUACAUACGCAACACGUAGAAUUGUUAUGUCUUGCUAAACAAGAACUUGAAGCCACUGGUCAAUGGAAUAUAGUCGGUGGUUAUUUAGCUGUCGCAACUGAUAAUUAUGUUCUUCACAAAUUACAAAAACGCAAUGAACGUACAAUUAAAUUGAAGCAUCGCUUAGCGCUAGUUCACGAAGCCAUGAAAGAUAUACCAUGGCUAGCCAAUAGUCCAUUUCAAAUGGAAAUGUUACAGCAACAUGAUGGUUCCGCGUUUGCGCUUAGUCAACGUUUGAAACGGCUGUUAAAAAAUGAUAAUAUUCAAACUUUAAUUCUUAUCGGUGGUGAUCGAAUGAUAAAAAGUGGUAUUCCGAUUUGGCGAAGGCCAUCGAGUAAAACGUCUACUGUCAUUCGUGUUGGUGUCGGACGAAUAAUGAAUGAAAAUAUAAACCUAUUAGAACAUUGGCAAGGAGAUCUGAGGAAAAAUCUAAUACCGAAUCCAGAAGAAUUUCUCCUAUUAAAUCUAUCGACUCGAUCUGUCAGUUCGACAAAUGUUCGUAUUUAUCUUACUCAAUGGUUUAAUGCUAGCAAUGAUUCACAACGACAAAUGGAAAUUGAGAAUGAUCUAAUAAAUGUAAAUAAUUGUCUUCAUUUAUCUGUGAUGAAUUAUAUAAAAAAGCAUUGGGACGAUUUAUAUAUUGAUAGUUAA